AUGUUAAUACACGGAGUCCGCAGGAAAGAAAAUGGGCUGGGGAAACGGCUGAGGCCUCAGCAGCCCAGCAAAGUGGCUAAUAUGUCUUGCCUUGGGCACUGCAAAGGACCAUCACCCUCAGGACUAAGCGACUUACUAGUUACACAGGUAGCUUACGGGGACCAGUUCCACGAGAAGGUAAUUUACAUCCCAGAACCGGUGGCCAGCAGCGGUGCAAAGUGUUCUCACAAUACUCUGAGUAGCACAGAAAUUUCAACUCGUGAAUGUGUUCCUGAUGGAGAUGACCAAGGGGGCGUCGAGCGGAAGCACACCACCCUGCAUCUCCGCAGUGUCUCCGACGCCGGGAAGGAAAUGGCAGAAGCUAGCGACUCGACCCACAGCGCUCAAACUGUGGACUAUCUCAAGUGCAGCUGCAGCUACUGCACUGAGUUCAACAACUUGGAAGGACCAAUGAAGGAGGACAUAUUACAGGACACUCAGAUCACCUUGGCCUCAACAUUUCUGGAAGGAACAAACAACCAGGAAAACGCGGGAUUCGAACCCGCUAAUGAAGGAGCAACUGCCCUAGUUGCUGAUGCACCGCGAGCCUGGGAGGGGGUCGAAAACCCUGAGCUUGGAGGCAGCUUUCCGAAGCCCAACAUUCAGCAGGAGAAGGAGGCUGUUGCCCCCAUGCUGCAACCCCCGCCUCAGGCCCCUCUGGCUCCCCAGGAACAGGGCCCUCUGGCUCCCCAGGGGCAGCCAGGGUUCCAGCCUCCCGUGCAGCCCCCGCCUCAACCGAAGCCCCGCCGCUACCGUAUCUCCUUCACUCAGCUUCAACUGCGGGAGCUGGAGGCUUAUUUCCAGCGCGUCCAGUACCCGGACCUGUUUGCUCGAAUUAACCUUGCCCAACGCCUGGGUUUGCCUGAAUCCAGAGUGCAGGUUUGGUUUCAGAACAGAAGGGCCAAGUGGAGACAACUUCAGCGGACACAUAUAUACAGAAACAUGAUUCCAGUUGCCAUGAGUCCCCCUGUGGGCUUAUACAUUGAUGAUCAUUAUGGUCCCAUCCCUGUUGUGGAGGUUAUUUGGAAAUAUCACCCUGUGCUGCCACAGCCCAUGGAUCCUCUUAUGCUGCCUCUUCCACCCAUGCACCCUCCACCAUUCAGGGCUCCUUUACCACCUAGGCCAUUCCACCCACCUCCAUUUCCCUGGCCACAUGUGCCACCUAAUGUUCAAAUGCCCAAUGCAGCUAUGGGAUAUGACCCUGCCCGCAAUGGCCAGUUUGUAGGUCGUACACACUGA